AUGGUGUGCCUGGGCUUCCUCCUCCUCCUCCUCCUCCUCCUCACCAGCACCAUGGCCCGGGGGGAGUACGCUGUGGUCCACGUGGUGUCAGACAACUGGAGCAAGGACUACUGCGUCCUGUUCCGCUCCGACUACGUCACCCUGCCCCGGGACCUGCACCACGCCCCCCUCCUGCCCCUGCACGACGGCACCCAGGCACCCUGGUGCCCAGGCGAGGACUCCUCCCACCAGGCCCACCCCGGCUCCCGCAGCCAGUGGCCCCUCCGCCUGACCACCGCCAUGGUCGUGAGGGGUAACUGCAGCUUCUACGCCAAAGGCUGGCUGGCUCAGGCCCGAGGAGCCCACGGGCUGCUCAUCGUGAGCCAGGUCAGCGGCCAGCAAUGCUCAGACACCACCCCGGCAACCCAGGACCGCCACAAGCCCCUGCCACACCUCACCAUCCCCGUGGCCGUGCUCUGCUACACCGACAUGCUCGACAUCCUCAGCUACACCCACGGUGGCGCCGGGGUCCGUGUGGCCUUGUAUGCACCCCCAGAGCCCAUCCUUGACUACAACGUGGUGGUCAUCUUCAUCCUGGCUGUAGGCACCGUGGCCGUGGGCGGCUACUGGGCCGGAGUGACCGAGGCUGACCGGGUGCAGCGGCGCCUGGCCCAAGGGGAAGGGGGGCCUGGCGGUCACAAUCAGCAGGAAGCAGUGGCAGCCCAGCAGGGGCACGAGGAAGAAGACGCAACAGUGGACUUCACGCCGGCCAUGAUGGGCGCAGUGGUCACCAUGUCCUCCUCCAUCAUGCUGCUGCUCUACUUCUUCUACGACUGCUUUGUCUAUGUCAUGAUCGCCAUCUUCGGCCUGGGCGCCAGCACCGGCCUCUACAGCUGCCUGGUGCCCGUGGUGCACCACCUGCCCCUGCAGCAAUACUGGUGGCCCCUGCCCGGCCGCCGGGCCUGUCUGCAGCUGCCCCUGCUGCUGCUGCUGGCCGGCCUGUGCAUGGUGGUGACGGUCCUCUGGGUCGCCUACCGCAACGAGGACCGCUGGGCGUGGCUCCUGCAGGACAUGCUGGGUGUGGCCUACUGCCUUUUCGUCCUGCGGCGUGUGCGCCUGCCCACCCUCAAGAGCUGUGCCUCCUUCCUGCUGGCCCUGCUGGCCUUUGAUGUCUUCUUUGUCUUCGUCACACCCCUGCUCACCAGGACCGGCGAGAGCAUCAUGGUGGAGGUAGCCUCGGGCCCGGCAGACUCCUUGAGCCACGAGAGGCUGCCCAUGGUGCUCAAGGUGCCCCAGCUGAGCUUCUCGGCCUUGACCCUGUGUGACGAGCCCUUCUCCAUCCUUGGCUUCGGUGACAUCGUGGUCCCCGGCUUCUUGGUGGCCUACUGUCACCGCUUUGACGUGCAUAUCCGCUCGCGGCAGGUCUACUUCGUGGCCUGCACCGUGGCCUACGCUGUGGGCCUGCUGGUCACCUUUGUUGCCAUGGCGCUCAUGCAGAUGGGCCAGCCCACCCUGCUCUACCUGGUGUCCAGCACCCUGCUCACCAGCCUGGCCGUGGCUGCCUGCCGCCAAGAGCUCACCCUCUUCUGGACUGGCCAGGGCACAGCCAAGACCCCCGCCCGGCCGGUGCCAGGGCUCUGCGGGGCCCCUUCAGUUGGCCUUGACCAGAAGCAGGAGCACGCAGCAGACGUCCACAGAGCCAGCGAGCUUGAGGGGGCCACUGAGCACCUGGCAGGGAACUUAGACGGUGACCUCGGGAAGGACACGGCUGAGAUCGUCACCAUAUCUGAGGAGGAAGCCACCAGUCCUGAAGGCCACAGUGACAGCUCUGAGGGCUGGAGUGAUGCCACCCUGGAGCCUGAUGAGCUGCCCUGUACCCCCCCUGGGGCCUCAGAGGAGCUGAUGCCACUGAUGCCACCGGCCACGCUGACACCACUGAUGCCACUCAUGCCGCCGCCCUCGGAGCUGGGCCACACCCACGCCCAGGCCCAGGCCCACGAUGCUGGCCUGCCCUGGACGGGGCUCCACGAUAAGAAGGGCCCAAAGGUAAGGAAGAGCAUGUCGACCCAGGCUCCCUUGUGAACCCGGGGCCCUGGGACUUGUGCCUCUGGACUG